GGCGAGAAGAAGAAGAAGAAGAAGAAGAAGAAGAAGAAGAAGAAGAAGAAGAAGAAGAAGAAGAAGAAGAAGAAGAAGAAGACCUUGUCCCCAUUAGUAGACGGUUAAAAAGGAUGCAAUCAGCCACAAGCCAAGCAGGCAGGGUGCAAACAGCAACAGCUACUGACAGCUCUGUUGGCAUUCCUACACUUCAACCAAUGGGUAGCACAGGCAGUCUGAUCAGCAGGCGUUCCAGAUUAAUACUACCAGACAAGCUGACUAAUGGAGUGGAUGGGAUUAAUAUGGUUGGUGCAACAGAUCAAAGUUGCAGUUCUAGGGACCAAAAACAUAGUAACGAAGCUACUUCAUCGAAGGCGGUUGUUGGUGAUGUCAAAGGGAGUUCAUGGGAUUUCCCAGCCCCCGAUUGUGAUAUUAUGAAGUUCAUUGUAGAUCCCACACCACCUCAGAAAGUAUCCAACACACAAGGCCUUGAUCCUAUAGCAGACCCCAGAUCUGCAUGGACAUUGGAUGGGCUGGAUGAUGAUGUGUAUGAAAUUCUGGAAGCACAGGCUAUUCAGAUCAAUGAGCAAGCAAAGGCCAAGCAUAGGGAUGUAAAAGUUGCAGGAACAACUCAAAUUAUCGGGUCAACAUCUUAUGCUGCACCAGAGGUUCCAAGAGAAGAUUCUAGCAAUAGCAAUUAUUCAGGAGCAGCAGUCAAAGUUGCAGCAACACCGCUACCUCUUGGGACAACUUCUUAUGCAGCAGCACCAGCAAAACAUGCAGACCCCACCAGCUGCAACAUAUCAAGAGCAACAGCAAAAGUUGCAGGAACAUUGCAAGCUGUCAUGACAAGCUCCACCGGGACACCAUCUUUUUCUACGCCGGAGGCGCCAAGAGCAGAUUCAAGCAGCAGCAAGCAUUCAGGAGUAGCGGCAAAAGUUGCAGCAACACCCUCUUAUGCAGCAGCACUAGCAAAAGAUGCAGAUCCCACCAGCAGCAAGAUAUCAAGAGCAACAGCAAAAGGUGCAGGAACACCACAAGACGUCGGGACAAGCUCUCACACAGCAGCACAGGCACCACAAGCUAUUGGAGAUCUUUCCAUCACACCAGAGUAUGCACCUCCACCAAGAAGAGAGCACAAGCUGCCUGCUGCACUACAGUCCCCUUAUCUUAAUGGUGCAAGGAAAGUUUCAUUCAGCUGCAGUAGAGCCGUGACGAAGACUUAUAAUGCAGUAUGUAUGUUCUCAGGAAGGUCAACGAGGUCCAAGAACAGGAAUGUAGUCAUAAUCAACUAUUUGUCCAACUAUGCUACACUGGGACAUUUAGUUGAUUCAGUUAAACCAGGGGGAAAGCUAACCAACACUAUCGCAGAGAUUGGCAUUCAUGUAAUUAAUGGCAAGAAGAAAAAGGGUGCAACCAGAUGGGUCAUGCCGCUAUACAUUACGACAUUCCUGCAAAGUCAACAAAUUUACGCAAGCGCGGUCAAACAUGCAUUCACAAAAAGUGAAAACAAUCUAAACCACCGGCAACUGGUAUUGUUCCCUGUGUUGCAAAGGCUUGUCUCGAGCGAUAUACAUUCAGGGCACUACUUCCUAAUUGUUCUGAACCUUCGGAACAACAGGUUUGAAGUCCUCGACUCUAUGAGAACACUGGAGAAUGAAGCGCUGGCACAGUGCUGCAACACAAUCACCAGCGGAAUCAAACAGUUAUGGAAAAUCUACUAUGCUCAGACAACCGAGCAAAUAGAGAACUAUGAAACUGUUCAAAUUCCAGUUCCAAAACAAACAAACAACCAUGACUGUGGGUUCCACAUGUUGAUGCAUGCUCAACAUUGGGAUGGACGUUUGGUGUGUGAGCUUCAUGGAAAUGACAUUCCUAACAUACGGAAGAUCCUGGCGCAUACAUGGCUCAGCUAUGAAGAAAAUGACGUAGACUGGGAGAGCAUCUUAAAUGCAGAAUAGGCUUUAUGGCAGCGGCUUCAAAAGUGGUUCUACAACACAGGACCCAACUACAGCGUAUCUGCAUCUGUAUUUUGGGGAGAAGAUCUGUUGUUUUUUUCUUCACAUUUUUUUUGGGGAUGAUGAUGCCACCGCAUGUGGAUCCAUGUGGUUACUGGAACCUAGAUGUUGGGGCCUUGGGGGAGGGGAAGAAUUGCAGAUGAUCGCAGCAUAAAAGACUUUGUUAUGUGUGACGUACCUAAUUCGAUGUGAUCUGCUUUUCUUUUGCCUUUU